UCCCACUCCCUCUCUCACUCUCUAUUUUCCCCUCUGUCUCUCUCUCUCCUCCCUCCUUAUCGUGUUUGAUUGAGCAUUUUUCUCACAUGCUACACUCUUUCACACACUCUCCUAUCUCUAUUUGCUUCUCCUUCACUUGCAGGCACAGUGAUCAUGCAGCUCUCUCUCUCUCUCUCUCCCUCUCUCUCUAUCUUCAUCAGACUGACUGUUUUUAGUGCCGGCCAAACCGCAUUCGCCUGUUUUUGGUGAGAGGACAUUUAGAUGCGGGACGCAGCGUGUUUUUGCAGUCAUCUCGCCCCACAGCUCACUGUCUUGCGGAGUGGACGGGCUAUUAAAAAGGGGACCCUGCUCUGUCCUAAACUUUCAAGGAUCUAUCGAUUAUCCUGUUUACCACCUGCCGAGUGUUUUGCCGGAGUCUGUUAGCUGCAGUGCACGCUGACUGCUUCCAUAGUCUCAUAGCAGUGGAGCGGAGGUUGAAGAAAACCCCACCAUCACCUCUCACAGCCUGAGGAGGAACACGGCAGAGGGUCAGCAGAGGAGAAAGAGUGACAGGAGAGAAGUAAGAUAAAAGAGCAGAGCCAAGAGCACAAUAUUAUCAUUUGGUGUGAGGAUCAGCCAACUGUUGUGAGAGAGUUUGGUUUGUGAACUCUUCCUCUGCAUCUCUUUUGAAGGUGACUCAAAACUCCUCGGCAUUUGACAUCGGCACUCUCUUCCUUAGAACUUCCAGGACAAUCAUUCUCUGUGCUGCAACCCGGUUAUUGCACAGCUGCAAGCAUGCAGGUGUCAUUUGCAUGCACGGAUCACGGGCUUAAGGCCCCGCGCUCCAGCGAGCCGAACAAGCAGAACACGUCGAGUCCGAACACGGCCAGUGCGGCACGGACACGGUUCCGGACGGUGGCGCUGAUCGCCCGCAGUCUGGGCUCCCUUACGCACAGACACGCACAGAUUUCCCUGAAAGAGUCCACCGGAAAACUCACGGGCAUGAAGUACAGGAAUCUUGGGAAGUCGGGAUUGCGAGUGUCAUGCCUUGGACUCGGCACGUGGGUGACGUUUGGUGGGCAGAUCUCAGAUGAGGUGGCAGAGCAGCUUAUGACUAUAGCUUAUGAAAAUGGGGUCAACCUCUUUGAUACUGCAGAGGUGUACGCGGCUGGAAAGAGAUCCAGUCUGGUCAUCACAACCAAGCUGUACUGGGGAGGAAAGGCAGAAACAGAGCGUGGGCUGUCGAGAAAGCACAUUAUAGAAGGUCUGAAGGGAUCUUUGCAGAGGUUACAGCUGGAGUAUGUGGACGUGGUUUUUGCCAAUCGCCCCGACAGUAACACACCUAUGGAGGAAAUAGUGAGAGCCAUGACUCAUGUCAUUAAUCAUGGCAUGUCCAUGUACUGGGGAACAUCACGCUGGUCAGCGAUGGAGAUCAUGGAGGCGUACUCGGUAGCGAGACAGUUUAAUCUGAUUCCUCCCGUGUGCGAACAGGCAGAGUAUCAUUUAUUUCAGAGGGAUAAAGUAGAGAUGCAAUUGCCUGAGCUUUACCAUAAAAUAGGGGUUGGCGUGGUCUCCUGGUCUCCUCUGGCCUGUGGGAUCAUCACAGGAAAGUAUGAGAACGGCAUCCCAGAAUCCUCCAGGGCCUCUUUGAAGUCAUACCAGUGGCUGAAAGAGAAGAUUCUGAGUGAGGAUGGCAGAAAGCAGCAGGCAAAGCUCAAGGAACUGACCCACAUUGCUGAGAAGCUCAGCUGUACGCUGCCACAGCUUGCCAUCGCCUGGUGCCUCCGUAAUGAAGGAGUUAGUUCUGUUCUCCUGGGGACAUGCAACCCGGCACAGCUCACUGAGAACUUGGGUGCAAUACAGGUCCUUUCAAAGAUCACCUCUCACGUGGCCUCGGACAUCGACAAAAUUCUGGGUAACCGUCCCCACAGUAAGAAAGACUACCAUCAUUAGGCCUUUCUGUGAAUCCGUAUGCCUUGCGACUCAGGAUCCCGUGCCAGCCCUCUUGUGUCAGCGGGUGUCCCACCAUCGUGUGUCUAUCUCAGCUUCUGCAGAGAUCCAUCGUUGCUGUUACAGUAGAAAUGCUAAAGUGUUAUGCAUGCUUCUAUUCAACCCAAACCUGCGUGAAGAUCUCUAUGAGGACACACUUGCUAGUGAAGCACAGAAGCUCCUGGACUGUCCGUGGAAUUAUGCAUUUAGCUGUUCAUCACCCUUAUGUGCCAAAGUGAUCCCUGGUCUUGACCCUUGACCUAUGGAUAUGCAUUCUGAGAAGGGGCAGGUAAAGGGAUAAAAUGGUAGGCUUAUAUGACCAGUGUAUGUGAGCCAUGCAGAAUGGAAGUGGCGCGGUUGACAUUUUUUAUUAAAGUAUGCAGGUUGGCAUUCUCUAUCUCUUUAUGAUCAUUCCUGUAGGAAUAUUUUUUUAUAAAUAUUGUGACAUAUUGCUGCUGUCCUUAUGAAACCUUGUAUCUCCAUAGUUUGUGAUUUUGCAAAUAUCUAACAAACAAAAAGUAUUAAAAAGUGCUUGCCAAUGUUGACAACACAGUAUUUAUUCAUUUAAAAAGUGCAGGGGUUUUUCCAUUUCCUGAAAAACAGCGAAUCUGGACAUCCGAGGUUUUGUAAGGACAGCAUCAAUAUGAAAAAAAUUUAAAAGGUUGAUUAUGACUUUUUGUCAUCUCUCGAUUCAAAUAGAUAAAGAUUAACAAUUCCCUGUGACUGUAUAGAAAUUGCUUAAAUAUGACAUUAUUUAAUACAGAGAAAUUAAAACCCAGAGUGGAGAGUUUAGAGAAUGCUUACACUCUAAAAAUGUAUUCGUUGUUUUUUGUUGGUUCAGCUUAAAAAUGGUUGCCUUAAAAGUUAAUUCAAAAGGUCAUUGGUUGUCUUAAAAGUUACUUCAAUUUAAAAAUAUUAGUUAACUCAAUGAAUUUCUUGUUGAGUUGACUAAUACUUUUAAGUUGAUUAACUAAAAAUUGUAACUGGAAGAUUUCUUUAGAUUUGCUCACAUACUCUGCUCAGUUGGUCUCGCUUACUAUAAAAGAAUACAAUGUAGGAGAAAAAAAUAAUUUGCAUAUCAUGCUGAGAAUGUAAAAACUAAGAACUGUGACGUAUGGCAGCACGGCAUGUUGCGUAAGCUGUGUGCGACAAAAAUGUGUUGGAGUUAAAAGCCAUCAACAGCGGAUUUGGCUGUUAUUGUGUUCAAAUGUUCUCUGACAUGUUGUGCAUAUUGUCUCUGUCGUCUUUAAAAAAAAGCACAAGACUGUUUGUGUAUGUUAAUCCCUGAAAUAUGUGAUGUGCCAUUUGUUCCAUGAUUUUUUUCUUCCCACUGCUCUGGAUGAAUAUUAUUAGUAACAUAGUUUGUAAAAUGCUUUUUCAGUGAUACAGCGUUUCACUGUAUUCAAUGACACGGAUUAAAGACAUGCUUGCUGCUG